UGGUACAAAUUCCAUGUAUACUUUUUUCUUUUAAAUCAAGUAUAAUAAUAAUAAGGAUAUAGUUAUUGAUUUAAAAUAAAAAUUGCUUUGGUGCAAAACAACAAAAAUUUAGAUCUAUGCCAUUUUUGAUGUAAAAAUCUGCAAUCUUUUGGGAUCUUCUCAGGGAAUCAUCGUAUUCAAUAUCUGCUUAGAACUAAAUUGUUUGAUAGUUUACUACAAAUCUAAUUACCUAUAGUCGAUACAAAGAAAAACAAACAAGCACGAAAGUAAUGUAUAUAUUAUUCAUUGUUACCGCUCUGAAUAUCAACAAAGUGUUAAAAACUACCUGCAUUAUUUUUAAAUUAUUGCCCUGAAUUCUAAAUGUUAAAAUCGAAAAAAAAGAAAUCGCCAAACAAAUUCACGGAACAAAAUAAAAUCCAACAAGACUUUACUAAUGAUUUAUUCUUACAAACGAAUGCGUUGGAAAAUGGCUUUUUUGUUUUAAAUAAAGUCGAAGUUGAAGAAAAUAAGCAAAAUGAAGAAGAGAAGCCGAAUGAUGAAAACCAACAACAACAACACUAUGCUAAACAAAAAAUUCAAAAGAAGGAGAUAGGAUUGGCUGAAUUGAACACUUUUCAAAAUCAAGAAAAUUGUUCGAAAUCAAAACAACCAAACAAAUCUUCUCAACAAGACGAAGACAAAAAUCUUAUUUAUUAUGGAACUUAUGAAAAGCUUGCCGUCGGCGGUGACAACGUCGGAAAUAGUGUGACACUUUUUCCGAGCGGUGAAAUUAUGGAUAAAGGACCGGGGCCAUCAACUUCGAGUUGUUGUUUUGAUGAAAAAGUUCGUAGACGAAAAGAAAUCAAUUCGAACGAAAAAACGACAUCGAUUAGAACUGAAUUGGAGAAAAAAACUACUAAUAUACCAAAUGAUCCUUCUUUAGAAUCCGAAUUCGAAGUCAAAGACAUGCCCUGUAAAAGUGAAUUUGGAAACUAUUAUCAAUUGAAAAGUGUCAGCGAAGCAGAUGCAAAUAUCAUCAACAACAGUCUAUUAGGUUAUAGAUCGCAUAAUCGUCCGCCACCGCAACAGCAGCAUAUUAAAUUCUCCAAAAGUAUAUCAUGUCAAACUGUUGAUGAGGGCAACCAUGAUGGUUUCGCAAGCUCCUUAAACAAUCAACUACAACAAAAACGAAAAUCCGAAAAACCUAUUUCACCAAAGAACAGUACUUCAAAACGAGUAUUAUUCAGCAGUUUGUUUCGAAAUCCAAAAGAAAUUGCAAAUAGCGUUAAACAACGUUUAGCGGCAACAAAUUCAAGUACAAUUGGUUUUUGGCAAAAUAAUUCAUUAUCAAGUGAAUGUGCUAAUGAAAAAAAUAAAAUUAUAGUUGAAUCUUCCUGCUGUUCAGAGGAUGACUCGAGCAUAAUAAUAUCAUCAAAUGAACUCAAUCAUGCCGAGGUAAAAAUUAAGCCAGGAAAUCGAAUCGAAAGUAUAACGAUUUCACUAAAUGAAUCGCCCGCGACAGUUUCUGAAGAUUCUUAUUUUCAUCAAACCAUUAAGACGGCAACACAAAAUUUAAACAAACAAAGUUCCAACAAACAAAUACCUCCAACAACAUACAACAUCGCUACAAAUGAAAGUGAUAAUGACGAAACGGUUGAAAUUGAAUAUAAUCUAGAUAAUUUGAAAAACUCAUGUAAAAAAAAUAUUAAACAAUCAAACAAACUUGCUCCUUUGAUGUUACAAAAUUCAAAUAACAAUGAUGAAGAAGAUAAAGUUCAUCAAGAAGACACAAAGGCACAAAAUAAUUUUACAUCAAAUAACACAAAUCUACCAGUUAAGACUGAUGGUAAGAAUUAUAUUUUACGACAUGGCAAUCGUUAUCAAUCAAUACCGCCACCACCACCACAACAUGAGGAAAAAAUAUGCCAAAUUUCAUCUCCAUCGCAUUCUAAAGCUUUAAUUUAUGAUGAUUCAGAACAAAUUUUUGAACAUGAAACGUUCCCACUGCUGGAGGAUAGUGAAACUUCCCUUUGGUCUUGGCUAGACGGCAAUGAAAAUAAAAAUACAAAUAAGAAACCUUCUUACCAUGGACUACCGUGUAACAUCAAAACUGCUGAUCUGAAAUUAGUUGCGAAUUUAGAACAGCUGAAAUCUCUAAAUAAAUGCUAUUCUUCUGAUAUAAGUUCUAAUAACUCUCCAUCGUCGUCAUCGUAUUCAUUUGAAGAUUUAUCGAUAGCUCAAAAGCAUACGAAAAACAUAGUUAUUGAUCGCAACAACACAAAACCUGACAUCAGUCCUGAUAAAUUAGAAUCAGUGCUUAAUUAUUGUACUUGCCAUUUAAAAUGUUGCUGUGAUUGCUCUUUAACUGAUUGUUGUUUAUAUUGCUCGGUAGAUUGUCAGGCGUGUUUUCAUGUACCCUGCUCACAGUACAGUUGUGCGCAACCGUGCCAUGUACAGAGGCCAUCAUCCCAGAAUCAGCCUAAACCUAGCCAACAUGACACGCCUUAUAUACAGUGGACAAACACAAAUGUGCUUGAAUGGAUGACGGCGGUAAAUUUAUAUCCUUUAGCUGAAAUAUUUAAGGCCAACAAUGUUAUGGGAUGUGAUUUGCCUAAUCUUGACGAUGAAAAGCUUACGAUUAUGGGAAUUAAAAACUGUAACCAUCGCAUUGCCAUUCUUCAAAGCAUUAGAGAAUUAACCAGUGGGAUUCUAAUAUCUGAGCAACCACACAUUACUUUACCAUCUGAAGCGGAAGAAGUAAGAGAAGCAGUACCUCUUCAUCGUCAACAUAUUUUUAUUGAAUCUAGCUUCAAUGCUCCAGAAAUUUGUGAUAAGUGUAAUCGGUACCUUCGCGGUGUGAUACAUCAAGGUCUGCAGUGCGAGCUGUGUAAUUUUAUAAUCCAUAGAACAUGCUUGGCUAACGGCUUAGCCGUUAAUUGCCCAGCAAUACGAUCAAUAACUUCUACAAAUACUAUAAGUGGUUAUUAUGGUCAACUAAACGCCUGUGAUUCUGCUGAUAUGGCAUAUAUUGCUGCCUCAAAAGAAGUUGUUGAAAAAGGUGCCUUAAGUAACCUUCUAAAUACCAGUUAUACGCUUCAAAAUAUUCCAAUUUUUGGCAUUGGCUUAUGUCAUCAAUUUGAUUCGGAGAAAUUGAAUGCUCCUGCUGUUCUUAUAACUGCUACAAAUGCCUUGGAAUUGAAGGUUAAACAUUUACACAUUGAUUUGUAUAAGCUUUACAAGUCAACUUCGAUUCCGGAUGAUUACAAUAGUGAUCUUAUUGAUAUGCUCACAGCACCCAGAACAGAUUUGAGUACCCUCGAAAGAAUAGAACCUCAACAGUUAGUUGGUUUUAUUAAAAAGUAUUUGAGAGAGUUGAAAGAUCCAAUAAUACCAAUGGUUUGGUAUGAUAAAUUCAUCGCAGCUGCAAAACUAUACUCAGAAGAUCCUACAGCAAGUAUACAGCAGGUGGUUCAUUAUACUAAGCAGUUGGCUGCGCAUCAUGUGAAGACCUUAACAUUUUUUAUGGAUCACCUUCGACGAAUAUCAGCAAUUCAAUUUGCAAAUGGUCGUCGUGAGCCGCCUACGAUAAUGCUACAAUCCUUCUCUUAUAUACUUAUUCGUCCACCUUGGAGCAAAAUUAUUCAAGUUAUUAAUAACAUCGAACAUCACAUCCGAAUCAUCGAAAUACUUUUCCAAACAUGGAAAGGUGAAGAAGAGGUUCCUCGAUUCGAUGAAGCUCCCGCUGUUCCACCAAGAAAAAUAUCUCAAGCUAGUUCUGUGAGUAUGAGUAGUGGUCCUCCAUCAAGGGUUCUUUCGUCAGGUUCUUGGAAGCCUUCGGUACCGGUUUCAAUAUCAGGACAAAGCUUGCAUAGUUUUCAAUCGUCUGGAUUUUCGUCAGGUUAUACAUCGCCAUCAUUGACCUCAGAAUCGAUUCGGGGAAAAGCAGCACCACCAUCUCAACAACAACCAAUUGUCAAACCAUCGUCGGUUGGAAAAUCAUCUAUGCUCCAUCCACGCGAUCAUCAAAUGAAAGCAACGGAUUCGCUUAAGGAUGCCGAAUGGUAUUGGGGUAAAAUAACUCGUGAAGAAGUUAAGCAACGUCUUUUUGGGGAGCCUGAUGGUAGUUUCAUGGUCCGUGAUGCUCUUUCGAAAGAUGGCGAAUACACACUGACUCUAAUCAAAGAUGGAACUGAAAAACUAAUUAAGAUUGUUCAUGAUAAUGGAAAGUAUGGAUUUGUGGAUUGUAAAUUUAAUUCUGUCGUUGAUUUGAUUAAUUACUAUAAAACAAAUUCCUUAAUGUUAUAUAAUAAAACGCUUGAUAUUACGCUUAUGAAACCAAUUGUUCGAAAAGUCGACGAAGAAUCUACAAAUGACGAAACUGGAAGUCGUGGAACGGAUCUUCGUGUAGUUACCGAACAUUUCUUGCAACUACAUCAUGCGUUGAACGCUCUGAAACAAAAUUUGCAAACAAAAAAAGAAACUUUCGAGCGUGCUGAAAGUGAGUUAAGUGAAAAGAAAUCGGCUUUGGAAGUUUUUGGAAUUGCACGUCAAAUGUUGCUGAUGCAAAUGAAGGUUAUGCUGAAUUCUAUUAUAAAUGCCCGACCCCAAGAUCAGGAAAGGCUCAAAGAGAAUAAAAUCACAUUGCAAGAUCAUGUAAAAUUUUUAAACGAUGAAAUUUCUAAACUUAAUAAAUAUAUAGAGGAGAAGAAAGAAGAAUAUAAGCAUGUAGAACGUGAAAUUAAUGCGGCUAAACCAGAGAUAUCUUCUCUAUCUUUCGAAAAAGAUAAAAUGCAAGACCGCCUAAUAAGCUUAGGCAUUAAGGAAGAAGAAAUAAAACAACUUAUUGAUAUGGGUUAUGAUGAUUGGAAGGAGAAAUACGAAAGUGAAUCCAAACUUCCGCACAACGAUGAAUCACUUUGGUUCCUAGAAGAUUGCACCCGUCGUAGAGCUCAAGUACUUUUGGCUGAUGCCCCAACAGGGACAUUCCUUAUACGACCCAGAAAAGCCAUAGAUAGCAAUAAUGGCAAUUAUGCCUUAUCAAUUGCUUGCAAGAAAAGUGUUCAACAUUGCAUUAUAUACGAAACUGAAAAUGGCUUUGGGUUGGCGCUACCCUAUAACAUCUACGCAAGUUUGAAAAAGUUGGUUCUUCAUUAUGCUACGAAUUCUCUGGAAGAACACAAUGAUACUCUAACUACCACGUUGAAAUUUCCCGUUUUAUAUUGGUAUCAACAACAGCAUUUAACACCUCCUUCAUGAUUUGUUAACCUAUAUCUAUGAUCACUUUGAUUUUAACGUCUUCUCAAUUUUUGUGACCCUUACUUCAGUUGUUUUAAUUUACAAAAAUAAAGUUUACAACUAAAGUUUCCCACUAUAUUAUUAUAUCUGCAAAAUAUUUUUGAUAAGCUUGAAUUGAUUUUAAAUAAAAUGUCUUCUCAAUUUUUGUUAUGGUUCAGUUGAAAAAUACUGAGGAUGCUGAAACUUGGUAUGUCUACAAAAUAUCUAUGAUUAGAAUUAAGUUAUAUUAUAAAACAAAUGUCUUCUCAAUUUUUGUGACCCUUCCUUCAGUUGUUGAUUUAAUAAAUUUAAAAUAAAAAAAAAAAUUAUAAAUAAUAUCGCUGAAGUUGCCGACUUAAAUAAUAUAUCUAUGAUUAGUUUAAUUUUUAAUAAAAUUUUUUGUCAUUUUUUGUGAACGUUUCUUUCCAAUUGAUUU